AUGGCCGUCGGCCGGAGGAAAGUGGCCCCGCUCUGGGCCCUGGCUCUGGCCCUGGCCUGUGCCCAGCACACAGGCUAUGCCCAGAGUGGCUCCUCGGAACCCAGCUUCACCUACACUGACCUUCUUGCCACCCCACAGGCAUCCAGAGGUGAUCUCCUCCGGGCAUCGACCGUGGCCUCCCCGCCAAGAACCAUUCCUGUGGUGCCAGCUCCGGACCCCAAGCACAACGGCCGUGUGUGCAGCACCUGGGGCAACUUCCACUACAAGACCUUCGACGGCGCCGUCUUCCGCUUCCCCGGCCUCUGCAACUACGUGUUCUCUGCGCACUGCGGCGACGCCUACGAGGACUUCAACAUCCAGCUACGCCGCGGCCUACAGAACGGCACUGCCUCCCUAGGCAGGGUCACCAUGAAGCUGCAGGGCCUGGUGGUCGAGCUGACCAACACUUUUGUCCUGGUCAACAGCCGCCCGGUGCAGCUCCCAUUCAGCCAGUCCGGGGUCUUCAUAGAGCGCAGUGAUGACUACCUAAAGGUGGUGGCCAAGCUGGGCCUGGUCUUCAUGUGGAGCCAGGAUGGCAGCCUCCUGCUGGAGCUGGACUCCAAGUUUGCCAACAAGACGUGUGGGCUCUGCGGAGACUUCAACGGCAACCCCACGGCCAGCGAGUUCCUGUCCCACAAUACCAGGCUGAGCCCCAUGGAGUUCGGGAACCUACAGAAGUUUGAUGGUCCCACCGAGCAGUGCCAGGACCCUGCCCCUGAGGGCAGGAGGAACUGCUCCACGAGCCCAGGCGUCUGUGAGGAGCUGCUGAACGGCCCGCUGUUCUCGGGCUGCACGGAGCUGGUGAACGUGAGCAGCUACGUCGAGGCCUGCAAGCAGGACCUGUGCCUGUGCGCCAGCAAGGACCUCCAGCCCUGCCUCUGCCAAACCCUGGCCGAGUACUCCCGCCAGUGUGCCCACGCCGGGGGGCUGCCCCAGGACUGGCGGGGCCCCGACCUCUGCCCUCGGACAUGUCCCCACAACAUGGAGCACCACGAGUGCCGCUCGCCGUGUGUCGACACCUGCUCCAAUCCCGAGCGCUCCCAGGUCUGCGAGGACCACUGUGUGGCCGGCUGCUUCUGCCCCGAGGGGCUGGUGCUCGAUGACAUUGGCCAGGCUGGCUGUGUCGCUGUGUCCCAGUGUUCAUGCACCUACAACGGGGUUACCUACGCCCCCGGAGCCAACUACUCCACGGACUGCAGAGAGUGCACCUGCAUGGGAGGCCGCUGGAGCUGUCAGGACGUGCCAUGCCCCGGCACCUGUUCGGUGAUGGGAGGCGCCCACUUCUCCACAUUCGAUGAACGGCAAUACACAGUGCAUGGGGACUGCAGCUAUGUGCUGGCCAAGUCCUGUAACAGCAGUACCUUCAGUGUGUUGGCGGAGCUGCGCAAGUGUGGCCUGACAGACAGCGAGACCUGCCUCAAGAGUGUGACGCUGAGCUUGGGCGGGGGGCACACGGUGGUAGUGAUCAGGGCCAGUGGGGAGGUAUUUGUGAAUCAGAUCUACACCCAGCUGCCCGUCUCUGCAGCCAAUGUCACCAUCUUCAGGCCCUCCACCUUCUUCAUCAUCGCUCACACCAACCUGGGCCUGCAGCUGAAUGUGCAGCUGGUGCCCACCAUGCAGGUGUCUGUGCAGCUGGAGCCCGAGUUCCGAGGGCUGACGUGCGGCCUCUGCGGCAACUUCAACAGCGUGCAGGCCGACGACUUCCGGACCAUGAGCGGCGUGGUGGAGGGCACGGCAGCUGCCUUCGUCAACACCUUCAAGACGCAGGCCUCCUGUCCCAACGUCAAGAGCCACUUUGAGGACCCCUGUUCUCUCAGCGUGGAGAACGAGAAGUUUGCCCAGCACUGGUGCUCGCGGCUGACCGACACCAAUGGCACCUUUGCCGAGUGCCACACUGCCGUGAACCCCAGCACCUACCACUCGAACUGCCUGUUUGACACCUGCAACUGUGAGAAGAGCGAGGAGUGCAUGUGUGCAGCGCUGGCCUCCUACGUGCACGCCUGCGCCGCCAAGGGCGUGCUGCUGCGCGACUGGCGGGACGGCGUCUGCACAAAGCAUGUGGCUGCCUGCCCCAAAUCCAUGGUUUACCACUACAAAAUCAGCACUUGCCAGCCCACGUGCCGCAGCCGCAGCGAGCCCGACCUCACCUGCGGCAUUAACUUCGUGCCCGUGGACGGCUGCGCCUGCCCCGAGGGCACCUUCCUGGACGAUGCGGGCAAGUGCGUGGAGGCCAGCAGCUGUCCCUGCUACCACAGUGGCUCUGUGGUCCCCAACGGCGAGUCUGUGCAUGACGGCGGGGCCAUCUGCACCUGCACACAAGGGAUGCUGACCUGCAUCGGCGGCCGGGUCCCUGCCCCAGUGUGUGAUGCACCCAUGGUCUUCUUCGACUGCCGCAACGCCACGUCCGGGGCCACCGGGGCCGGCUGCCAGAAGAGCUGCCACACCCUGGACAUGGACUGUUACAGCUCCCAGUGUGUGUCCGGCUGUGUGUGCCCCGAGGGGCUGGUGGCCGACGGCCUUGGUGGCUGCAUUGCUGAGGAGGACUGUCCCUGUGUGCACAACGAGGCCAGCUACAGGCCCGGACAGACCAUCUGGACAGGCUGCAACACCUGCACAUGUGAGAACAGGAAGUGGCACUGCUCGGAUGAACCCUGCCUGGCCACCUGUGCCGUCUACGGGGACGGCCACUACCUGACCUUCGACGGGCGGCGCUACACCUUCAGCGGGGACUGCCAGUACACUCUGUUGCAGGACCAGUGUGGGGGCAACGGCAGCGCCCAAGAUGCCUUCCGUGUCGUCACCGAGAACGUGCCCUGUGGCACCACGGGGACCACCUGCUCCAAGGCCAUCAAGAUCUUCCUGGGGAGCUACGAGCUGAAGCUGAGUGACGGGAAGGUGGAAGUGGAGGAGAAGGGCAAGGGGCAGGAGGCUCCCUACACCAUCCGCCAGAAGGGCGUCUUCCUGGUGGUAGACACGGACCUCGGCCUGGUGCUGCUGUGGGACAGAAAGACCACCCUGUUCCUCCGACUCAGCCCUGAGUUCAAGGGCAGGGUCUGCGGCCUGUGUGGGAACUUUGACGACAACGCCGUCAACGACUUCACCACGCGGAGCCAGUCCGUGGUGGGCGAUGCCCUGGAGUUCGGGAACAGCUGGAAGUUCUCACCAUCCUGCCCGGACGCCCAGGCGCCCCGGGACGCCUGCACUGCCAACCCCUACCGCAAGUCGUGGGCUCAGAAGCAAUGUAGCAUCCUCAACAGUGCCACCUUCGCCUCCUGCCAUGCCCACGUGGAGCCUGGCGAGUACUACGAGGCCUGCGUGCAGGACGCCUGCGCCUGUGACUCGGGGGGCGACUGUGAGUGCUUCUGCACCGCCGUGGCCGCCUACGCCCAGGCCUGCCAUGAGGUGGGCGUGUGUGUGUCCUGGAGGAGCCCGGACGUCUGCCCACUGUUCUGUGACUUCUACAACCCCGAGGGCCACUGUGAGUGGCACUACCAGCCAUGCGGGGCGCCCUGCAUGCGCACGUGCCAGAAUCCCAACGGAGAGUGCCUGCGCAGCGUGGCCGGUCUGGAAGGCUGCUACCCCAGGUGCCCAUCGACGGCACCCAUCUUUGAUGAGGACGAGAUGAAGUGUGUGACCACGUGCCCACCCAAGCCCCCUGCACCACGCUGCCAUGUCCAUGGGAAGUCAUACCGGCCAGGUGCAACGGUGCCCUCGGAUGAGAACUGUCACUCCUGUGUCUGCACCGAGAACGGCGUGAGCUGCUCCUACGACAGCAAGGCCUGCGUCUGCACCUACAGUGGCCAGCAGUACCAGCCAGGGAGCAUCAUCUAUGACACGACCGAUGGCAUGGGCGGCUGCAUAACGGCCCGCUGCGAGGUCAACGGCACCAUCCACAGGACCACCUCUGCCUGCAGCCCCACCACUGCCGCGUCCUCGACCCCCUUCUCCUUCUCCACGGCUCCGCCUGUGGUGAGCUCCACUCCUGUCCUCAGCACCAGACACACCCCAAGCAGCCCUGUGUCUACCACCAUGAGCAAGUCUCCCAGGACGGCGCCUACGACUGUCCCCGUGACCGCCCUCACGGACUGCGGGGAGCAGUGCCUGUGGUCCCCCUGGUUGGACAUCAGCCAACCCGGACAGGGCAAUGACAGCGGUGAUUAUGACACGCUGGACAACCUGCGUGCCCACGGCUACCGCAUUUGCCAGACACCGAGGGAGGUGGAGUGCCGGGCCGAGGACGCACCUGGCACGCCUCUGUCCGUGCUGGGCCAGCGCGUGCAGUGCAGCCCAGAUGUCGGGCUGACCUGCCACAACAGGGAGCAAGCGUCUGGCCAGUGCCGCAACUACCAGAUCAGGGUGCAGUGCUGCUCCCCACGGGACUGCAAGGAGCCCACGCACCCCACCACCUCCAGCACAGCCCAGACGGCCAGUUCUAUUCCCACUGGAAUCACAACAAGGAGAGCCACAGUUGGCGCGGCUAGCACCACAACAUUGCCAAUCACCACUCACACGCUCAGCCCGAGGCCGGGGAAAAGCACAGCCCGGACAACCUCCUCUGCGACCAGCCACACCCAAGAGACCUCAGCAGGCACCCACGAGCCAACCCCUUCUGAGCCCAGCCGAGUGUCCUGCGUGCGAGAGAUCUGCAACUGGACACAGUGGAUUGAUGGCAGCUACCCAGAGUACGGUGAAAAUGGCGGAGACUUCGACACUUUUCAGAACCUGAGGGCCAAGGGUUACAAGUUUUGCAAAACGCCGUCGAACGUGCAGUGCAGGGCUAAGUUCUUCCCCAACACACCCCUGGAGGAACUGGAGCAGGUGGUGACCUGCAACAGAGAAACAGGGCUCCUCUGCCUGAACAAGGACCAACUGCCGCCCAUCUGCUACAACUACGAGAUCCGGAUUCAGUGCUGUGACAUAGUGGAUGACUGCCGGGGAGAAACCACAGUUCACACGGGGACCGAGGGCAGCACGGCAACACCCACACCCAGGACCAGAGGCGUGCCCUCAACCACACAGCACGUGUCCCACACAGAGACAACCUCAGCGUCUAGGACCACCCAUACCUCCACAGCAGGAACCACCUCAACGCCUGUUCCUGUAACCAGCUCAACCCAUGCCGCUACAUCCUUAUCCACUCACUCCCAAACCAUGAGCUCUAAGUGCCAGCCACAGUGCUCAUGGACCAAAUGGUUUGAUGUGGACUUCCCGACCCCAGGUAGCCACGGAGGUGACAGAGAGACCUAUGACAACAUCCUCAGCCACGGUGAGAAGAUCUGCCAACACCCAGAGGACAUCCGGUCGGUCGAGUGCAGGGCCGAGAGCUACCAUGAUGUGAGCAUUGAGCGCCUGGGCCAGGUGGUGCGCUGUGACCCAGAUGUGGGCCUGGUGUGCCACAACCGUGACCAGGAAGGAGCUGGUGGCAUGUGUCUCAACUAUGAAGUGCGUGUGCUGUGCUGCGAGAUGCCUCAGGACUGCCCUACUGCCACCAUCCCAGAGCUGACUACCACCAGCACCACCCAACGCACCUCAUCUGUGGGGACAGGCACAUCACCCUCCGUGUCCCACACACAACCAACAUCCAAGCCUAGUACCUUCCACACCACCACGUCAGGAACUGCCAUGACCUCAACAGGGAAAGUAAGACCAACUUCCGUGACCCAGACAGGAACAACCUCUGUGCCUAGGACCACGCACACCUCCACAACAGGAACCACCACAACCUCAACAGGGACAGCAAAAACAACCAGCGUGUCCCACACAGAGACAACCUCAGCGCCUAGGACUACCCAUACCUCCACAGCAGGAACUACCACGACGUCUGUUCCUGUAACCAGCUCAAGCCAUGCCUCUACCACUGCCUCCGUGUCCCACACAGAAACAACAUCAAAGCCUAGUACCUUCCACACGUCAGGAACCAGUAAGACCUCAACAGGGACAGCAAGACCAACUUCCAGGACCCAGACAGGAACAACCACUGUGCCGAGGACUACACACACCUCCACUUCAGGAACCACUACAGCUUCUACAGCAACAACAGGAACAACCUCCGUGUCCCACACAGAGACAACCUCAGCACCUAAGACAACCCACCCCUCAACAUCAGGAACUACCAUAACCUCGACAGAAACAACGAGUUCAACCACGGUGUCCCACACAGAAACAACCUAUGACCAUAGAACCACACACACCUCCACAUCAGGAACCACCACAACCUCUACUGGGACAGCUAGAUCAACCUCUGUGACCCCCAGAGAAACAACCUCUGCGUCUAGGACCACGCACACCUCCACAUCAGGAACCACCACGACCUCAACAGGGACAGCAAAAACAACCAGCGUGUCCCACACAGAGACAACCUCAGCGUCUAGGACCACCCAUACCUCCACAGCAGGAACCACCUCAACGCCUGUUCCUGUAACCAGCUCAACCCAUGCCGCUACAUCCUUAUCCACUCACUCCCAAACCACGAGCUCUAAGUGCCAGCCACAGUGCUCAUGGACCAAAUGGUUUGAUGUGGACUUCCCGACCCCAGGUAGCCACGGAGGUGACAGAGAGACCUAUGACAACAUCCUCAGCCACGGUGAGAAGAUCUGCCAACACCCAGAGGACAUCCGGUCGGUCGAGUGCAGGGCCGAGAGCUACCAUGAUGUGAGCAUUGAGCGCCUGGGCCAGGUGGUGCGCUGUGACCCAGAUGUGGGCCUGGUGUGCCACAACCGUGACCAGGAAGGAGCUGGUGGCAUGUGUCUCAACUAUGAAGUGCGUGUGCUGUGCUGCGAGAUGCCUCAGGACUGCCCUACUGCCACCAUCCCAGAGCUGACUACCACCAGCACCACCCAACGCACCUCAUCUGUGGGGACAGGCACAUCACCCUCCGUGUCCCACACACAACCAACAUCCAAGCCUAGUACCUUCCACACCACCACGUCAGGAACUGCCAUGACCUCAACAGGGAAAGUAAGACCAACUUCCGUGACCCAGACAGGAACAACCUCUGUGCCUAGGACCACGCACACCUCCACAACAGGAACCACCACAACCUCAACAGGGACAGCAGAAACAACCAGCGUGUCCCACACAGAGACAACCUCAGCGCCUAGGACUACCCAUACCUCCACAGCAGGAACUACCACGACGUCUGUUCCUGUAACCAGCUCAAGCCAUGCCUCUACCACUGCCUCCGUGUCCCACACAGAAACAACAUCAAAGCCUAGUACCUUCCACACGUCAGGAACCAGUAAGACCUCAACAGGGACAGCAAGACCAACUUCCAGGACCCAGACAGGAACAACCACUGUGCCGAGGACUACACACACCUCCACUUCAGGAACCACUACAGCUUCUACAGCAACAACAGGAACAACCUCCGUGUCCCACACAGAGACAACCUCAGCACCUAAGACAACCCACCCCUCAACAUCAGGAACUACCAUAACCUCGACAGAAACAACGAGUUCAACCACGGUGUCCCACACAGAAACAACCUAUGACCAUAGAACCACACACACCUCCACAUCAGGAACCACCACAACCUCUACUGGGACAGCUAGAUCAACCUCUGUGACCCCCAGAGAAACAACCUCUGCGUCUAGGACCACGCACACCUCCACAUCAGGAACCACCACGACCUCAACAGGGACAGCAAAAACAACCAGCUUGUCCCACACAGAGACAACCUCAGCGUCUAGGACCACCCAUACCUCCACAGCAGGAACCACCUCAACGCCUGUUCCUGUAACCAGCUCAACCCAUGCCGCUACAUCCUUAUCCACUCACUCCCAAACCACGAGCUCUAAGUGCCAGCCACAGUGCUCAUGGACCAAAUGGUUUGAUGUGGACUUCCCGACCCCAGGUAGCCACGGAGGUGACAGAGAGACCUAUGACAACAUCCUCAGCCACGGUGAGAAGAUCUGCCAACACCCAGAGGACAUCCGGUCGGUCGAGUGCAGGGCCGAGAGCUACCAUGAUGUGAGCAUUGAGCGCCUGGGCCAGGUGGUGCGCUGUGACCCAGAUGUGGGCCUGGUGUGCCACAACCGUGACCAGGAAGGAGCUGGUGGCAUGUGUCUCAACUAUGAAGUGCGUGUGCUGUGCUGCGAGAUGCCUCAGGACUGCCCUACUGCCACCAUCCCAGAGCUGACUACCACCAGCACCACCCAACGCACCUCAUCUGUGGGGACAGGCACAUCACCCUCCGUGUCCCACACACAACCAACAUCCAAGCCUAGUACCUUCCACACCACCACGUCAGGAACUGCCAUGACCUCAACAGGGAAAGUAAGACCAACUUCCGUGACCCAGACAGGAACAACCUCUGUGCCUAGGACCACGCACACCUCCACAACAGGAACCACCACAACCUCAACAGGGACAGCAGAAACAACCAGCGUGUCCCACACAGAGACAACCUCAGCGCCUAGGACUACCCAUACCUCCACAGCAGGAACUACCACGACGUCUGUUCCUGUAACCAGCUCAAGCCAUGCCUCUACCACUGCCUCCGUGUCCCACACAGAAACAACAUCAAAGCCUAGUACCUUCCACACGUCAGGAACCAGUAAGACCUCAACAGGGACAGCAAGACCAACUUCCAGGACCCAGACAGGAACAACCACUGUGCCGAGGACUACACACACCUCCACUUCAGGAACCACUACAGCUUCUACAGCAACAACAGGAACAACCUCCGUGUCCCACACAGAGACAACCUCAGCACCUAAGACAACCCACCCCUCAACAUCAGGAACUACCAUAACCUCGACAGAAACAACGAGUUCAACCACGGUGUCCCACACAGAAACAACCUAUGACCAUAGAACCACACACACCUCCACAUCAGGAACCACCACAACCUCUACUGGGACAGCUAGAUCAACCUCUGUGACCCCCAGAGAAACAACCUCUGCGUCUAGGACCACGCACACCUCCACAUCAGGAACCACCACGACCUCAACAGGGACAGCAAAAACAACCAGCGUGUCCCACACAGAGACAACCUCAGCGUCUAGGACCACCCAUACCUCCACAGCAGGAACCACCUCAACGCCUGUUCCUGUAACCAGCUCAACCCAUGCCGCUACAUCCUUAUCCACUCACUCCCAAACCACGAGCUCUAAGUGCCAGCCACAGUGCUCAUGGACCAAAUGGUUUGAUGUGGACUUCCCGACCCCAGGUAGCCACGGAGGUGACAGAGAGACCUAUGACAACAUCCUCAGCCACGGUGAGAAGAUCUGCCAACACCCAGAGGACAUCCGGUCGGUCGAGUGCAGGGCCGAGAGCUACCAUGAUGUGAGCAUUGAGCGCCUGGGCCAGGUGGUGCGCUGUGACCCAGAUGUGGGCCUGGUGUGCCACAACCGUGACCAGGAAGGAGCUGGUGGCAUGUGUCUCAACUAUGAAGUGCGUGUGCUGUGCUGCGAGAUGCCUCAGGACUGCCCUACUGCCACCAUCCCAGAGCUGACUACCACCAGCACCACCCAACGCACCUCAUCUGUGGGGACAGGCACAUCACCCUCCGUGUCCCACACACAACCAACAUCCAAGCCUAGUACCUUCCACACCACCACGUCAGGAACUGCCAUGACCUCAACAGGGAAAGUAAGACCAACUUCCGUGACCCAGACAGGAACAACCUCUGUGCCUAGGACCACGCACACCUCCACAACAGGAACCACCACAACCUCAACAGGGACAGCAAAAACAACCAGCGUGUCCCACACAGAGACAACCUCAGCGCCUAGGACUACCCAUACCUCCACAGCAGGAACUACCACGACGUCUGUUCCUGUAACCAGCUCAAGCCAUGCCUCUACCACUGCCUCCGUGUCCCACACAGAAACAACAUCAAAGCCUAGUACCUUCCACACGUCAGGAACCAGUAAGACCUCAACAGGGACAGCAAGACCAACUUCCAGGACCCAGACAGGAACAACCACUGUGCCGAGGACUACACACACCUCCACUUCAGGAACCACUACAGCUUCUACAGCAACAACAGGAACAACCUCCGUGUCCCACACAGAGACAACCUCAGCACCUAAGACAACCCACCCCUCAACAUCAGGAACUACCAUAACCUCGACAGAAACAACGAGUUCAACCACGGUGUCCCACACAGAAACAACCUAUGACCAUAGAACCACACACACCUCCACAUCAGGAACCACCACAACCUCUACUGGGACAGCUAGAUCAACCUCUGUGACCCCCAGAGAAACAACCUCUGCGUCUAGGACCACGCACACCUCCACAUCAGGAACCACCACGACCUCAACAGGGACAGCAAAAACAACCAGCGUGUCCCACACAGAGACAACCUCAGCGUCUAGGACCACCCAUACCUCCACAGCAGGAACCACCUCAACGCCUGUUCCUGUAACCAGCUCAACCCAUGCCGCUACAUCCUUAUCCACUCACUCCCAAACCACGAGCUCUAAGUGCCAGCCACAGUGCUCAUGGACCAAAUGGUUUGAUGUGGACUUCCCGACCCCAGGUAGCCACGGAGGUGACAGAGAGACCUAUGACAACAUCCUCAGCCACGGUGAGAAGAUCUGCCAACACCCAGAGGACAUCCGGUCGGUCGAGUGCAGGGCCGAGAGCUACCAUGAUGUGAGCAUUGAGCGCCUGGGCCAGGUGGUGCGCUGUGACCCAGAUGUGGGCCUGGUGUGCCACAACCGUGACCAGGAAGGAGCUGGUGGCAUGUGUCUCAACUAUGAAGUGCGUGUGCUGUGCUGCGAGAUGCCUCAGGACUGCCCUACUGCCACCAUCCCAGAGCUGACUACCACCAGCACCACCCAACGCACCUCAUCUGUGGGGACAGGCACAUCACCCUCCGUGUCCCACACACAACCAACAUCCAAGCCUAGUACCUUCCACACCACCACGUCAGGAACUGCCAUGACCUCAACAGGGAAAGUAAGACCAACUUCCGUGACCCAGACAGGAACAACCUCUGUGCCUAGGACCACGCACACCUCCACAACAGGAACCACCACAACCUCAACAGGGACAGCAAAAACAACCAGCGUGUCCCACACAGAGACAACCUCAGCGCCUAGGACUACCCAUACCUCCACAGCAGGAACUACCACGACGUCUGUUCCUGUAACCAGCUCAAGCCAUGCCUCUACCACUGCCUCCGUGUCCCACACAGAAACAACAUCAAAGCCUAGUACCUUCCACACGUCAGGAACCAGUAAGACCUCAACAGGGACAGCAAGACCAACUUCCAGGACCCAGACAGGAACAACCACUGUGCCGAGGACUACACACACCUCCACUUCAGGAACCACUACAGCUUCUACAGCAACAACAGGAACAACCUCCGUGUCCCACACAGAGACAACCUCAGCACCUAAGACAACCCACCCCUCAACAUCAGGAACUACCAUAACCUCGACAGAAACAACGAGUUCAACCACGGUGUCCCACACAGAAACAACCUAUGACCAUAGAACCACACACACCUCCACAUCAGGAACCACCACAACCUCUACUGGGACAGCUAGAUCAACCUCUGUGACCCCCAGAGAAACAACCUCUGCGUCUAGGACCACGCACACCUCCACAUCAGGAACCACCACGACCUCAACAGGGACAGCAAAAACAACCAGCGUGUCCCACACAGAGACAACCUCAGCGUCUAGGACCACCCAUACCUCCACAGCAGGAACCACCUCAACGCCUGUUCCUGUAACCAGCUCAACCCAUGCCGCUACAUCCUUAUCCACUCACUCCCAAACCACGAGCUCUAAGUGCCAGCCACAGUGCUCAUGGACCAAAUGGUUUGAUGUGGACUUCCCGACCCCAGGUAGCCACGGAGGUGACAGAGAGACCUAUGACAACAUCCUCAGCCACGGUGAGAAGAUCUGCCAACACCCAGAUUACAUCGUGCAGCUGGAAUGCAGGGCUGAGGGCUACCAUAAUGUGAGCAUUCGACAGCUCGGUCAGGUGGUGCGCUGUGACCCAGAUGUGGGCCUGGUGUGCCACAACCGUGACCAGGAAGGAGCUGGUGGCAUGUGUCUCAACUAUGAAGUGCGUGUGCUGUGCUGCGAGACACCCCAGGACUGCCCUUCGGAGACACCGGCUGUUUCAUUUUCUCCAACCCCUUGGACUUCUUCUACCCCAGGGUCUGGCCCUCGUUGCUUCUGCCGGGUUUCCGAGCAUCUGUACCCUGCAGGGUCUGUCAUCUACUCACAUCAGGACCUGGACGGCCACUGCUACUCUGCCUAUUGCAGUCGGGACUGCCAGGUUAACAGAACAGUGGCCCAGCAGUGUCCUCCCACCACAUCACCUGCAAGCACUACCGUGUCCUCGUCCACACCCACCUCUGAUCCUGCCUCCGGCUGCACUAACACUAUUCCCCCAAGAAAGAAAGGCGAGAUCUGGCAAAUGCCCAACUGCUCCCAGGCCAAAUGCAAUGGCCACAACUCCGUCUCCGUGUACCCGCGUCAGUGUCCAGAUGUGGCGGAGCCCACGUGUGCCAAUGGCUACCCGCCCCUGAAGGUGCCCAAUGAUGACGGCUGUUGCUACCACUACCAGUGCCAGUGUGUGUGCUCCGGCUGGGGCGACCCUCACUACGUCACCUUCGACGGCACCUACUACACGUUCCUGAACAACUGCACCUACGUGCUGAUGCAGCAGAUCACGCCUGUGUUUGGCCACCUGCGUGUGCUCGUCGACAACUACUUCUGCGACGAUGCUGGGGACGCGGUCUCCUGCCCGCGGUCCGUCACCCUCGAGUACCAGGACGCCCGUGUGGUGCUCAUCCGCAGGCCCGUCAACGGGGUCAUGACCAACCAGGUCAUUUUCAACGGCAAGGUGGUGAGCCCCGGCUUCCAGCAGGAUGGCAUUGUGAUCACACGCAUCGGCAUCAAGAUGUACGCGACCAUCCCGAAGCUCGGCGUGCAGGUCAUGUUCACCGGCCUCAUCUUCUCGGUGGAGGUGCCCUACAGAACGUUCGCCAACAACACCGAGGGCCAAUGCGGCACCUGCACCAAUAACAAGAAUGAUGAAUGCCGCUUGCCCGGGGGCAAGGUCACCGCCUCCUGCUCCUCCAUGGCCCACCACUGGAGGGUGCCUGACCAGUCCUGCCCCGCGCCUCCUUCGGUGACACCCACAAUCGCACCCACAGUCGCAAGUACCACAGCACCCCUGUGCCCAAAGUCGCCGAUCUGCGAGCUCCUCUUCACCACGGUCUUUGAGUCUUGCCACUCCACCAUCCCCCCGAUGCCCUUCUACGAGGGCUGUGUCUUUGACCACUGCCACGUGAGCCAGCCGGACGUAGUGUGCUCCAGCCUGGAGCUCUACGCCUCGCUCUGCGCCACCUACGACAUCUGUGUCGACUGGAGAAGACACACCAAUGGCACUUGCCUGUUCACCUGCCCUGCCGACAAGGUAUACCAGGCCUGCGGCCCUGCCAACCCGCCCUACUGCUACGGAAAUGACAGCACACUCCUCCUGACCCUGCCCGAGGCCGGCCCCAUCACUGAGGGCUGCUUCUGUCCCGAGAGCAUGACGCUCUUCAGCACCGACCUGGAGCUCUGCGUGCCCUCCGACUGCUCCAGGUGCCUGAGCCCCUCUGGAGAGCCAGUGGAGCCGGGCGACACCAUCACCAAUGGCUGCCAGGAGUGCACCUGUGACAGCAGCUCUCUGUCCCUGAGCUGCCAGCCAGUCUCCUGCCCGUCGGCCCCUCUCUGCAAACAGCCUGGCUUCGUGGCAAUGCCCAUGGCCGCAGAGCCCGGGGCGUGCUGUCCCACCUACAACUGCUCCUGCAACCCGAGCUACUGCCCAGCGCCCAUGGACUGUCCCGCGGGCUCCCUCCGGAUUCAGAAUGACCAGGACCAAAUCUGCUGCCCCAGCUACUUAUGCAGGUGGUACAACUGCAGCAUCAACGGGACCCUGUACGAGCCCGGCUCGCUGGUCCCCUCUGCUCCAUGCCAAACCUGCAGGUGUGAGCUGCACCAAGGCCCUGGUGGGUUCAGCACAUUCUGGGUCAACUGCGAGGAACCCAGUUGCAACACUGAAUGCCCGGUGGGCUCAGAGUACCGGGAACUGGAAGGGCAGUGCUGUGGGGAGUGUGUACAGAAGUACUGCACGGUCAGCGUCAACAGCAGCUCCCCCGGCCUCUACCUCCCCGGGCAGUCUUGGCCGGACCCUGAGGACGCCUGUGUGAGCUACCUGUGUGAGCAGCAACUGGACAAGAUGGUGGUGGUGGCCACGAAGGAGUCCUGCCCCCCGCUCAGCUGCCCCGAUGACCAGGCUUUGCCAAGCAAGAAUGGCUGCUGCCGCUACUGCCCUGCACCUCCCUCUCAAAACAUGUCCACCUGCACCCUGCACCACGAGCACCAGGUCAUCGAGCAUGAGGGCUGCAACUCCUCGGAGCCCGUGCGGCUGGCCUACUGCCGGGGCAACUGCGGGGACAGCAGCUCCAAGUACUCCCUGGCAGCCAGCAUGGUGGAGCACCAGUGUCGCUGCUGCCAGGAGCUGCGGACCUCACCAAGGACGGUGACCUUGCACUGCGCGGGCGGUGCCAGCCGCAACUUCACCUACACCGAGGUGGAGGAGUGUGGCUGCCACAGCCAGAAGUGCCCUUCACCUGCCGACAGCAGCCGCUCGGAUUCAUUCGGGUCAGCCCAGUGGUCACUCAGGCCUGGCCACUAACUCGCAGGACACACCGGAGACCACGCCCCUCACCCUGCCCUCCCAGCCCACCCCCCAGACGCGGUGGCUGGCCGCUGAGCUGGCUGCGCAGAGGGUCACCCUCACUCCUACCUCGGCCCUGGGCGGGUCCUCCUUCAGGAAACGACUGCUCAUUCA